AUGCCCCUCAACUUUCACAACUUCCGCGCCAAUUACUUCCUCCAACCUGGCGACCUCCGGAUCUCCAGCCGCACCUUCCGCCGCGCGGGGUUCUCGCGCCCGCCGCAGCUCGGGCCGUCUGCCUCGUCGGCGCGCUCGACGGACGUGUUCCACCAGCUCGCGAUCGACCCGUCAUGGGAGUACAAAAAUGCGACGCUCCUCUCCGCCUUCCAGACGUCCAUGGCCAAGAUCCUGCCCCGCACCCAUACCCGCCUCACGUGGAAGAGCCAGCGCAAGCUCCGCAAGGCGAUCAAGCGCGCGAAGAUGAUGGGCAUCACCCCCCUUUGGAGUCAGAGCGGCCAGAUGGCGCGCAUGCCGACCCAGCACUUCUGA